AUGGAUAAAGAUAUUUAAAUUAAUGAAAUGCUUUUAAUAAAUAAGUAGAUAGAAUUUGUUGAAAAAACAUUACUUAAUCAGAUACAUUAUGGAUCUUAUAUGGAUAAGCAAAAAUUAAUUAAAGGGCAAGAUAGAUCUUUUAAGAAGCUAUUAAAACUCUAGACAGUUCAUUAAAUAUAUGGUUAUCUUAUAUCGUAAUUGAAUGUUAAUAAUAAUAACUUUAUCUAGAGCUAGAACUUUAAUUGAUAGAGCAAGAGAAAAGAAUCCGAAAAGUUGAGGACUUUUGGCAUAAGUUAUUAGAUUAGAAAUUGAUGCUAAGAAUCAUAAAGCAGCAUAAUUCUUAUUAAGCAAAGCAUUAUGAUGUUGUUAAUUAGAUGGAGAAUUAUGGUCAUUAAAGACUACAAGAAAAAAGAUAUCUGAUGCUGUUAGAUUAUUUGUUGAUAAUCUAUAUGUUUAUCUAUUUACUGCUAAGGUCUUUUUAAAUCAGGGUAAAAUUAAAAACUAAAAGAUGGCUAGAAAAAGCAUUAAUUUUAGAACCAAAAUUAGGAGAUGCUUAAGUUUAUCUAUAUUUUAUCAAAAAAGAAAUUCUAUAAUAAUGUAUGUCCAGAAAGAUCUCAAACAUGGUAGACUUUGAAAUUAGCUAAAGAAACAUUAAAUUAAAAAUAUGA